UCUUGUUGCGAUGUUAAACUAUUUCAAUUCACGACAACCAUCUAUAGCGUUCAGUGUUCACUUUUUACACGUAUUCGCCUGCGGAUAUAGCUAUCAUGUGGUUUCGGAAGUUAACACUGUAAUCCCAAGUGCAAGAUACCUCUUCGUAUGCGUACAGUGUGAGAUUUUGAAUGAUCAAUUCAUGAGUGAGUAAAACUUAACUGGAAUAAUCCAUGGAAUGUGUUUAGUCAUACAUAAAUACAUCGUUCAUGGUAAUAUUUGACAGUGAUUUCGCAUAUACUUUGUAGUGAAUAUUGAAUGAUCAUUGAAACACAAAAAGUUAUACGGAGUAACGAUAUAUGUAGGAAUAGUGCGCAGGAACGAGCCCUCAGUUUAACCCUGAAGUUUUUGCUAUCAUUCUGAUAGUCUGAUAGUCUUCGAUAAAUUUAACCAUUAGCCCAGACGGAUGGUGUUUGUGUGAGAUGUUCAUUGGUGGUAAAUAGGAACUUUUAAAUCAGUAGUGUAAUGUAUGUUAUUUCCUAGCAGAAAUUAAACAAAAUAAGAAAAAGCUUCAAGUACUUAGAUAAGAAUUAUGUACUAAAGAUAGAUGCAGACACUGCAAUCAAAUAUUUGAUCAAUAAAACACAAACUAGUUCGCAAGAUUCGUGCUGCAAACAUCUGCGAUGUACACAAUCGUUGUAUUGUGAAGUUAAGUGUAAUUAAAGAUUCAGUGCGGAACCAGGAACAUAAAAUGUCUUCAGAUGCGCUUGCGGAUUACGUUGUUUUUGUAAGGACGGGAGACCGUAAACGAGCUGGCACCGAUGCGAACAUUCGUGUAAUAUUGCACGGCAACACCGGGCUGAAGACGGAAAAGAUUCAUCUGCACCACGUGCUCAAAAAUGACUUCGAAUGCGGGCAAGUCGACGAAUUCGACAUUCAGAAUCAGAGAGAUGUGGGUACAGUGGUGAAAAUCGAACUCUGGCGCGACAACUUUGGUCUGGGCAGCCGAUGGUACUGCGAUUAUGUAAUUGUGAAGAAAAAAGGACAUGAGACCGAGUUCAGCUUCCCAAUUUUCCGGUGGAUCAAGGCGGACGUGCACUAUAUGUUCCGCCAGAACGACACCAUGUUACCACAGCAAGAUCCUAUGGCAGAACAGCGUUGGAAGGAGCUGAAGUCCAAGAAGAAAAAAUACGAGGUCGCUCAGAAGUUCCCUAAUGGACCGGCACAGAUCAAAAACAUGCCCGCUGAUGAAGCUUUUUCCUUUGACUACAAGUGGGACAUUGUGAAGAGAAAAUUACAGCUAAUUGCUACGAGCAAGAUCGUCAUGUUUACGGCCGGCAGGUGGGAGAGCAUCCAGCAUCUCAGAAAUGUCUAUACCAAAGAAGUAUUUUGCGAGCCUCAUGGAUGUACGCGCUGGAGUAAUGAUCUGUGUUUCGCAGGCCAGAGGGUGGCCAGUAUGAAUCACUCAUGCAUAGAGUUGUGCACAAAGAUACCAGACAAGUUUGGUGUGACAGAGGAGCUGUUGAAGCCAUAUCUGGAAGGCCAGAGCCUACAAAAGAUACUGGACAGCAAGAGGAUGUUCAUUGUGGACCAUACAAUACUGGCAGGGUUGCCGUGUCGCAAGGGAUUUCAUUCAUGUGUCCCCAUGGCCCUGUUUUAUGUGAACAACAACAAGCAGCUUAUCCCUGUUGCCAUACAACUAAACCAAGAUAAGGGAACAGACAACCCUGUGUUUUUUCCCAAUGAUCCCCCAAAUGUCUGGAUGAAAGCAAAGAUGUGGUUUAACAAUGCUGAUGCCAAUGUCCACCAGUCCCUCACACAUCUUGGCUUCACCCACCUGCUGAUGGAGGGAGUUACUGUGGUGACGCACAGAAACCUUUCACAGUCACAUCCCGUCUUCAAACUCCUCUCACCGCAUUUCCUCUACCUGAUUGCCAUCAACUCACGUGGGCUGGAGUUGCUGGUGUCAAAGAAUGGCUGGGUGGACAAGACGAUGAACAUUGGCCAAGAGGGAAUGUUUGCACUGAUUGCUCGAGGAAUCAAGAAAUGGAGAAUGAAUGUCGAGGGGACCUUGCCAGAAGACUUAAAACAAAGAGGGGUGCUGGAUACCAAUGUGUUGCCGGGAUACCAUUUCCGUAAUGACGCUUUGUUGCUGUAUGGGGCCAUAAACAAAUAUGUCAAGAAAUAUGUGGAUCUUUACUAUGACUCCGUGGACAAGAUCACUGGUGAUUGGGAGAUACAAAGCUGGGGGGCGGAGCUCACCAAGGAGCGUGAAAAAGGGGGAUGUGGUCUCGAGGGUGUGCCAAGCCAUGGUAAGUUUUCCAGCAAGGAAGAUCUGUAUCUGACCUUGACCUCUAUCAUCUACACAUGCAGCGUGGCACAUGCCUCCACCAACUUCCCACAGUAUGAUGAAUAUGCCUACCCUCCCAACUACCCUGCUCUUCUGAAUGGAGAACCACCCAAGGAUAAGAGACCCGUGGAGGAGACAGAGCUGGUGUCCAUGCUGCCUGAUAAGCCCACAACCCUGGACAUGAUGACAGUCACCAAGAUACUCAGCUCUCGAGGCACAAACAGUCUCGGAGACUUUGAGGUCCAGUACAUCUUCGAACCAGAGGCCUGCAAAGUGGUCGAUGAAUUCCGUGCAGACCUGGCUGAAAUCAGCAAAGUUAUCAAGCAGAGGAACAAAGAGCGCAACCCACCCUACCCGUAUCUGGAUCCAGACAUUGUGCCCAACUCUAUCAGUAUCUGAGAUUAUUUCCUCGUGAUAAAUGAUGAUACUUAAGUACCAAACCAUACUCCAGGUUCUCGAGAUGCUAAAAAAUACGCAAUAUCCAAACUUGAUGUCAGCAAGUUGUACCAACUAGAGGAUCUAUAGCUGUUUGCCAAGCUUGUUGUUGUAUAAGUGGAAUCUCAAAAAUAUUUUAUGGGAAAUAAUUAUUUUAAAUAAAAGAACAAUCAUCAAUUUUCUGUAUGUUUUUUGUUUGAUCCAAAGGAGUUAAUACAAACUAUAAAAAUUAUUGAAUUUUAUUUAGAUAUUUUGAAAUUUUAAUAUUUCUAGAUUGUAUACACUAUUACAGGUAUAAUACUAACUCCAGCAUCAUGAUACAAUUAUUCCCAAAAAUUCUUGUGAGGAUGUUUUUGAUCUUUACUGGCAUGAAGUAACAAAAAAUAAAUAAAUGCAUAUACUGUGUAAAGUUUAUUGCAAUUAUUUGUUGUUGUUGUUGUUUUUUCUUUCACUGAAUAUCUUAUGAUUCUGUCACUGUUUUCAUUUACUCACCAUUCAUAUUGUGUAUUUAUAAGAGUUUUUUUCAAUUUUCAUUGUAUAUAUAUUAUUUUAACAUUUGAAUUUUACAUUCUCUCUUGUGAAUUUCCUUUUUAUGCAUAAUUCGUGCACACUUUUUUUCAAGUACCGCAAUAAACCACUUCAUGCAUUUUAAAUAUUACUGCUUCAUUUUCACUAUAAUUUUAUUUAUAUGUUUGUAUGUUAACACUGCUUGUAGACAGCCCAAUCUGUAUUGUUUUGUCAGAACCAACAGGUUAGUAAAUAAUAGUUAUGGUUGCAUAUUUAUGGACAUUGGACCAAACACCAUUAACAUAUGUGUCGCGUUCUGAGAAAACUGGGCUAAAUGCUUGUGCAUAAAGUGUCGUUCCAGAUUAGCCUGAGCAGUCCACACAGGCUAAUCAGGGACGACACUUUCCGCCUUAACUGGAUUUUCGUGUAGAAGACACUUCCUUUAAACAAAAAAUACCAUACAAGCGGAGUGUUAUCCCUGAUUAGCCUGUGUGGACUGAACAGGCUAAUCUGGGACUGCACUUUAUGCACAUGCAUUACGCCCAGUUUUCUCAGAACAUGAACAUGUAUAUAAGCAGGUCUCUGGGAAAACAGGGCUUAAUGCAUGCACAGUCAAAACAUACUACUCAGUGAUGACACUUUACAAUUUGAUCAAUUUGUUUGUUGAAAAAGUCUGUUAUAAAAGGAAUUUCAGUCAAGGUGUCCCUCUUAUUUACGUGUACAGGAUGCACAGGCUAAUCUGGGGCAAUACAAUAAGGGCAUUCAUAAAUCCUUUUCUUUUUCCCAGAGUCAGGCUUGGAAUUGAUUUUAUGUUUUUAGCUCACCUGAGCGCAAUGUGAUCAAAGUGAGUUAUAAUGAUCACUCUAUUUACGCAUCCAGCGUUGCACAGUGUGUGUUGGGUGUUGGCAUCUUUAAGCUUGUAACCACUUGAGACCACAUUUUUCAUUCAUUCAAGAUGAACAUUUAUCUUGACAAUAUCUAGGCUGACUUUGAAUCCAUGUCAUGUGUGUUUCAAAACUGGGUCACCAGAUCAAACCUUAGAAAAAACUUUUAACCGCUCUACACGUCACAUUUCUGACUAAAUCUUUAUGUAACGGGGUCAUAAUGUUUAUUUAGACAAUAUUUAUAUUUUCUCAAACACAUGGUCACUUGUGUUGGAAAUCUAGGCAUCGGUAAGAAAAACAACUUGUAACUUCUCUAGAGGCUACAUUUAUGACUCGGUCUUGAUGAAACUAAGUAAGAAUUAUUAUCUUUACAACUUCUAAUAAUCAACGUCUACCUUCCCAAAAUGUCAGGCUCAUAAUAUAGGGUCAAAAUUUAUAUUUGGCUAUGAAACCAUCUGUUAUUGCCAUAAGUUUGCCCUGUAUUGAUGGAUUUUAAAAUGUCUUGACAAAUACAAUCCAUCAUAAGACAACAAGUCACGUUUAAAACGUGUUUAAACCUUUUCUCCCGACUUCAAAGGUCAAUGUCACACUUGAAGAGGUUAAAGGUCAAAGUUGGCCAUAAGACAGCUUGUUGGCACUGUACCGAUGUCAUUCAUCAUGCUAUUGUAAGAUUAUUUAUUACUUGCCCUAAAUGACAACCAUGAGGAGACAGCAUUUUGUGUUAAUAUUUGUCUCCAUACGUCAAAGGUUAAGGUCACAAUAAGAGUCUUAAUACAAAUAUAACUAUAAAAGAGCUUUAAAUUUUCUAAUGCAGAUGUACCUUUCCCAUUUUAGUUUUUAGUGUAAAAUAACUUGGCACAAACGCCGUUCAUCACAAGAUGACAUUCCCAUGUAGCAGUGUUCAAAGGUCAGCAGUGUUCAAAAGUCACACAUAAUUUAUCAAAGUUGGCCAUAAAGCAUUGUAACUGCCACUCUGAUCACGCUAUCUUAAAUAAGUUACCACUCAUUACAAUCACACGGAUUUUGUCAGUAAGACCUGUCGCCUUACCUCAGGGGUCAAGGUCACACUUAGAGCUCAAAGGAGGCUUUAUAACAGCUUGUCCGUGCUGUUACUUUGUCAUUAUUCAAUUCAAUUUUUGAAACAAUUUACCUCAAAUAAAUAACAUAUGGAGACUGAAAAUCAAGUGUUUCACCUGUCUCAUUUACUCAAAGGUCAAAGUCACACUGGUAGAUCACACAUGAGCUGCAUGUGUUUGGCAUACGCGGGGAAUCCAUGCCGUAUGGAUACGUCUUAUUCAUUUCAAUGUAUUCCAUCUACUACGUAGAUCAUGCCUUCUGUCAGGUAAUGUCUUCGCUGAUUGGUGUCCGUGAACUCAGGUGAGCGCUUAAGGGCCAUCCAGAGGGCGCGGAUUGUAUGUAAUGAUUUAUGUACAUAAGACCGCAGCCCUAAAAACCUGACUGUAGUUCUAGUAAUUAUCAGCUUAAUCAGUGAAUAACUAUUGUGUUUGUACAUCAUUUUUUAUGUACAAAGUAUGCCUUCACAGAUGCCUGUUCUGACGCAUAUCUCUCUGUAUAAAUAAAGUAGAAGCAGAACUAAUUUGAUUGAAAUUCAAAUGCAUUUUCAUUUAUACACCAAUAAUUUUCCUUUUUCUAACUUUGUUUUGUUUGAAUGAUUCACAGGUGUAUUUGGGUUUUGAUGAACCUGUUGUACUAGGCUUAGUUGACAGUGAUGAGUUUAUGCAUUUGUAUUGUUAUGCCAAAUUUGAUGACAUCUAUAUGGCACUAUUUCACAUUUCCUGGUUUUACAAAUUGCGCGUGCGUGUUUGUAAAAUACUUAGUUUUGAAUAUCAAAAUCGCACAUUCUUCUUAUCAUGCAUACAUAUUUAAUACAAGGUUUGUAUGUUGUGCUUAAUUGUCACACUUGAUUUUAUAAAACGUUGACACUGUUUUACCAUUUAUUUGUUGAAUACAUAUUCGAAUAUCUUAUAUUUACUCUAUGUUUUCUAUUUUGUAAAUAUUCUUUAUAAUAAAUAUGUCUUGCAAGAUUUA